AUGAUUAAAAAACAGCUUGUAUACAAUCAAGAUAAUAUGUUUUUCAGAUUUUUAGCUACCGGUGUAUACUUCAAACAGCUUGCGUUUAAUUUUAAGAGAGGUGCAUCAACUAUUGGAUUAAUAGUAUUUGAAACGUGUAACGCAAUAUGGACAAUUCUUCAGCCGAUUUUUAUGGCAGCUCCUACAGAAAACACCUGGAGAACUAUAGCUGUUCGUUAUAACUCACUGUGGAAUUUUCCACAUUGCGUUGGAUCUAUAGAUGGCAAACAUUUUCGAGUCCAGAAGUUUGCUAAUAUAGGUUCAAGAAAUAUAAACUAUAAAGGUUAUUUUUCUGUCCAAUUGCUAGCUUGCGCAGAUGCUGAUGGCUGUUUUACCACCAUAGAUGUUGGAGAUUUAGCUGUCAAAAUCAAAAAUGCAUGA